AUGUUAACUUUUCAGACUAAGCUGAUCUUGAGUCUCUUCCUCACAGCUACAGGACUCAGGUUUCUCCCACCACAAGAUGACGGUGAAGAAGCAAUGUCUUCGGGCGAUUCUCCCCCGGGGAGUAACGAGCUGGACCUUGAGGGAGUCCCUGAGCGGUUUCGUGCGGGGUUCUCCUCGGUCCACAGACCCCGCCUCUCGGUGCCGCGUCUGUGGUCGACAUUCUUGGGGCUGCAGGGCAAGCGGGCGGCAUUAGGAGGCGGUGACCUGCCCUCCCGGAGCCGGGCCGGAGGCUCCUGGAGGAAUCGCGUGCUGGAGGCCGCACGGGAGGGGCCGGCCUGGCGAGUCCCACCACCGGCGGGGGGGGAGCGAGCCCCUCAACCGCCUCAACCGGGGUCCGAUCGCAAGUCGGCGGGCGCCUUUCACAUCCGCACGGCGACGGGCUACGGGGUGUGGGGCACGGUGCCGGCGGACACCCGCUUUCGGGCGGCUCGGCAGAGGUGGCGCCCUCCGUCGAAGAACAGCACCCCCCGCCAUCGGCCGAGUGUGGACGACGCCCAAAAAGGGCGGGAGGAGGCGCUGGCACGCGACAGGCUUCGGAGCUCGAGCCCAACGGACAAACCGUCAACGGCGGCGGCCGCGCUCUCUCGGAGCAACAACGACGACGCGGAAAACAGGCAGAGGAGUGCCGAGGAGGCUUGGAGGCGAUUGAUUGAGAAAGGGAGGGGAGUCACCGAGGAGAUUGUCCUCCCGCUGUCCGAGCAGGAAGCCAGCCGAUCGAGCUGCAGAGCUGUACCUUUCACCCAGAGCAUUUCGCAUCUAAACUGCAAGGCCUUUAACAUCCAAAACCAACUGUGCUUUGGCCAGUGCAGUUCUUUCUUCAUCCCCGGGGCAGAGCAGAGGUUGAACCAGUCAUGCUCCAGAUGUUUUCCAAGCCAACUAAGGAAGAUCGUGGUCUCGCUGGAGUGUGAAGGAGUCCUGGUAGUGAGCAGAAACAUCACUCUGGUAGAAGAAUUAGGAGGAAGACAGAGAGAAAAGCAAAUGCUUUCAGUACCAGCCAGGAGAGUCAAGCUGCAACAAUCACGAAAGAGGGAUCUAAAUCAGCCAUUUUCAGUCCCUUGAUCCUGCUGUUACACUCAACAAGAUGAUGUGUACUUCAACAACAUUCACCCACCUUCAGUCUAACUGGCACCGUAAUGAACUGGCAAUCUUGAUGAACCGGCAAAAAGUAUAUAUUGAAAUACCAGAAAUUUGUUAUAUUACUGUGAUCUCCAUGAUGUCCGAGUAGUCAGUUGAGAGUUCAAGUGAGAAGGCUCUCUGCUGAUGCUGUUGAACCAGCUGAGCCAAACUUGAAAUGCUGCAGUACAUGGAGGUGUAGGGCAUCUACAGUACUGUUAUGUUUUCCCAUUCAAUGAGAUCAUGGCUGACCUUAUGCUGUGCUUCAUUAACUUGCCUUGGUUCCAUAUUGUUUAAUACCGUCGCCACAUUUUGAAAGAUCUUCCAUUCUGCAAUUUAACCUCAUCCACAACAUCUCUCUGGUUUUGUGGGAAUGACAAGCCCAGGUUCCUUUAUGUAUCGUUUGUGAAAAGAACUGUUUCCUUUCAGCAUUUCUUAAGAGGCCAGCUCAAAUUGUAACAUUUCCCCAAGUUUUCUCCCUGCAGAGCAAAUCUCCACCUGCCCUUUUUAAUCCCUUUGCUCAAACAUCUCAAUCUGCUCAUCUAAACAAAAGGAAUACAAGGUCUGCCUUUGCAAUGUGUCCUCAUAAUAAGAGUCUAGAAUUAACAGUAACAUAUAAACUGAUUUUCAUCCUUUUGAUAGGUAACAGCUGACUACACUAAUAGACUAUGAACAGGUUCCAGCUCUGACUUUGUGACCCCUAAAUAAUGAACACUGUGGUAAAGAUGUUCUUCAUGAACCCAACCUGUACUGGUCCAUGGAGUGGGAAUUGGAGUUUCUAGUGGAUAUGUCAAACAGAUUCAGUUGGACAUAUGCAUCCUGACUGCAAUUGAAAACAAGCAAAGCAAGAAAAGUCGGUAUUUAGUGAAGUGUGCACUGUGGUGAAGAUUCAAUCUAUCCCUGAAUACCUGGACAAGAUAGGACUCACUAUGUGCAAUCUUAACUAUCCACUCCAUGGACUGGUGAAUAUAGAAGCACAGCUUAUGUGUCAACCAUUGGUAUGCAACCGAAAAGAAAUGCAUUAAUAUAGUAUCAUACACUACUUCUCAGGCCCUUGUACUGCUAGCAUAGAACUUUUUGAAGCAUUGUCACUGCUAUAAUAUAGGGAAUGUGGCAGCCACUUUGACCCAAGCAAGCUCCCAAGGAAAGCAGUGUGGUAAUGACCAGAUAAUCUGUUGUAGUGUGUGAUAACAUUUCCUGGAAGGAAACCAGGUUCAACUUCCCAAGACUUGAAUUGGAAAUAGCACCAGGAUCUUAGUCAUCUACUCACGCACCUCUAUUCUAAC